AUGGCUGCAGUACAACGCGAAUCAACCGACGUCUUCUGUUGCAAAGCGGGCUUGACUGUGCACAGUCGACCAUGCCUCUUCGCCUCCCACCGGCACCCCCCACCGGACUCGGGCCAUGGACAUGAGGUUGACAAAGCCAAGUCGCCAGUCGACUUCAACGGCUUUACUGUGCCCAAAAUUAGCCGCAAACAAUUGCGACUUGCAGAAUGUCGGUUCUAUCUCAACAUUCCAUCAUUUUCGGUCCGGGUCUGGCGAACUCGAGCCUUCAACCCGGCUCGAAUGAGAGCGGCUCUUUUUGGGGCUCAUGACGCAGUUGGUAGCCACGUGCACAAUGAGGUUGAAUCUGGUCGUCGAUUGAAGACAAACCCUUUGUUGGUAGAACUGACUGCCAACCCCAGUUUCUCGUGGUAG